AUGUCAAUCCUAAGACACAGUACCAACAGACAGAAUUGUGGUCUUAGAAGGGGUUGGGGUUUUAGAGGAAAGGGCUCAUCUGGGGAGAUAUUGCUUAGGCUAACAUAUAAAGCCUAUGUGGAAGACGAGGAAGAUGACAAGACCGGGGAGGAUUUGAUUGAUAUAGAUGCUUCAGAUGACGAGUUGUCUGAUACAGAAGAAGCAAAUGUCACUGAUCAAAAGGGUGUAAGAGAUUCUAUGUACCAAAUAGAUAAAGAAUCAUUUAUGGAUGUCUUGGAUGCAAUCAUUGUUAGCGAAGAAUUUCAAGGGAUAGUAACAUCUGAAGUUGGGUUUACCAAAGGUUCGGAAAAUGGCUCAAAUACAACAUCUAAAGUAUCAAAAUCUCUUGUUGCCAAUGCAGAAUCAACUCCUUCUAGUUCUGAUAAAUCUGAAGGUUCUGGAGUGGUUCAAGUAUCUUCAAUCCUUGAGACGGUCUUCGACAAUCUUCACCUUGGUUCAGCUAAAGUUGUGCAGAAGAUUUUUAAUCAGAUCUUUCUUUUAGUUACUAGUAUAGUUUAG